GUUUUGUGAACCUAUCAAACUUAAACGUUUAUAAAUAAAUAUUUUCAUGAAAUCCAAACGAAACUUUAGGCUUUUAAUUGGUUAGAUAUCUUGACUGAACUGUCAAGGAAACGCUCUCUGACCCGAUAAUCGAUAUCUUGAUUGGUUAGAUGGAGCUCGACUGUUCUCUCAUCUCUUCAACCUCUGUUAACGAUUCUCCUGCUGUUUUGGCACCCCGAAGAGCCAAUCCUUACCAAUUAUCCCUUAUCCUUCGAAGCUGCAACGUAUGGGUUUGCUCUUCGCAGAUCUAUAAAGUUUGGUACGCUCUCGACUCCCUCUGAUGCCCAUCCCCAACGGAAACUACCGGAGCAAAACGGCGGCGGCGGCGGCGGCGGUUCUAACCUAAUCCUUCUCCAAGUCCCCCGCUUGGGCCAUUUGUCUUGCCAUUUGGGCUUAGGCCCAAACCGUUUAUUUCUACGGCCCAACUUCAAAAGGUGCUCUUCAAUUUCAUUUUUACAAAAGCCCAGGUAUUGCGUGAAGCGUCUGUUGUCCUCUCUUAGCUUUAAGUUGUGUCGAUUCAUGGAGUCAAUGGUUUGUGGACGCCACUUGAUCUCAUAUCAUACCUCUUUGCUCUGUUUGCUCAACAUUUAUCUGAAAACCUGCCCUUUAGAAUCACCUAGAAGUUCUAUCAAAGUUUCCCAAAGCUUGAAGAAGACUCUCUCGGAUAGCUUACAUUAUCACGGCCGUUUGCAAUGGUUGAGGCAGCGCGGCACUAUGAUCUCGGCUCCAAGGAGUGGGGAUUACCGCUGCUUCCUCAACCAUGUAUCAUCUUAUCCUUUGCUCACCGUGUUCUCUCUUGUACAAUUUGCCAUGGUUCAUUCGGCUAUAUUUGUGAAGCUCAGGUUUAUGUUUUGUCUCUAUGUGUUAGACCGACUACAAAAUGUGUGUGGAUUCCUUAAUCUCCAUGGCUCGUUUCAUGUGAGAGAGGACCCACCGAUUUUGUUACAGCUUAUCACUUAUCUUCUACAAACCCUUUGUGUAGCUUCUUCAUAUACAUUGAGUCAUGAGUUUGCUCUUUUGAAGAUCUUUGGAAUAUCGUCCUUAACCCAUCCAUGUGACAUCAACAUCUUUGUCCAAACCUCUGCUAAAGCUCUACGUUGUGUAGUUCUCCUUGUGCAGACAAGAAGAUUGCCGUUAGCCCCUUCAUCAACGCCAUUCCGUCUCUUGACAUUGGCAAUUCGUUCAUCCAAUGACUUGUUCUUGGAAGAAGCCUCGACAACCUUUGACCUCACAUGCUCCACAAAGCUUCUUACCUUUUGGUUCAAAGCUCUCAAGGAUCACUUGCCGAGUACCUCUUGUUACCUUGUUAUUUUCCUUGUAUUAACUUUGGGGUAUGCCCUUUAUUAUUGUGCUUUCAACUUUGGAAUUUCAGAUUUCUCUUAUCUUUAUAUUUGUUAUCUUUUCUAAUGGAAUGAAAAGAAACUUUUGAUGAAAAAAAAAGAAAGAUAUCUUGACUAA